AUGGUUUCUUCUCUUGAGCCUCCCUCUCCCAGCUUCUCUCUUCGAGACUUACGUGUAGUUCUGCCUUCCAGGUUUCAAGUCGCCCAGGUCCUUUUCUCCCUGCUUGCUUUAGCCGCCAGUGUCUGGGCCAUCGGUCGAGUCCGUAAUGCCGAGGACAAGACUCCUCGCAAAUACACCGUACCAGGGCCCAAGACCCCUGAUACGUACCAGACGGUUGAAGAAACGAGCAUCAAGCUCCCCGGCUCCUCUGCGAUUCAAUGCUACGCACCAGCAACCGGCCAGUUCCUAGGCCUCAUCAAUCCUUCCACCCCCGCCGCCAUCGACCGUGCCCUCGAUGCCGCACAUGCCGCUCAGGCCAAGUGGUCUCGGACCGACUUCGCCGCUCGCCGCGCCGUGCUGCGAACACUGCUCCAGCAUGUGCUUGAAAACCAGGAGGCCAUUUGCCGCGUUGCCUGCCUCGAGUCCGGCAAGACAAUGGUCGACGCCCAGCUGGGAGAGAUCCUCGUCACCGCAGAGAAGCUCGAAUGGACCAUCAAGCACGGCGAGGACGCCCUCCGCCCCAGCCGCCGCCCCACAAACCUGCUCAUGACCUACAAGCGCAACGAGGUGCGCUACGAGCCCCUGGGCGUCGUCGCCGCCCUCGUCAGCUGGAACUACCCCUUCCAUAACUUCAUCGGCCCCGUCAUCUCGAGCCUCUUCGCCGGCAACGGCAUCCUCGUCAAGAUCUCCGAGCAGGCUGCCUGGAGCGCCCAGUACUUCACCGCCAUCGUCCGCGGUGCCCUCGUCGCCCAUGGCCACGACCCGGCCCUGGUGCAGUCCAUCGUCUGCUGGCCCCAGACGGCCGCUCACAUCACCUCCCACCCCCGCAUCUCCCACCUGACCUUCAUCGGCUCCAAGCCCGUCUGCCACCAGGUUGCCGCUUCGGCCGCCAAGCCCCUCACCCCGUUGGUCGCCGAGCUCGGCGGCAAGGACGCCGCCAUCGUUCUCGACUCGGCCGCCCGCGACCUCGCCCGCAUCGUCGAAACCCUCCUCCGCGGGACCUUCCAGGCCUCGGGCCAGAACUGCAUCGGCAUCGAGCGUAUCAUCGCCACCCCCAAGGUCUACGACCGUCUCGUGCAGCUUCUGGAACCCCGCGUCCAGGCCCUCCGUCUGGGUCCCACCGCCGACGUCGGUGCCAUGAUCUCCGACGCCUCCUUCGACCGCCUCGAGUCCCUCACCACCUCCGCCGUCGCCGCUGGCGCCCGUCUCCUCGCCGGCGGGAAGCGGUACAACCACCCAGACCACCCCAAGGGCCACUACUUCACCCCGACCCUCCUCGCCGACGUGACGCCCGAAAUGGCCAUCGCCCAGGAAGAGUGCUUCGGCCCCCUCAUGGUCCUCAUGCGCGUCCCUUCCAACGAACCCGCCGACGUCCUCGCCUACGCCAACUCGUCGGACUUUGGCCUCGGCGCCUCCAUCUUCGGCGGCGACUCGGACCCCUGCCUGCGCGCCGUCGUCGACGGUCUCCGCACCGGCAUGGUCGCCGUGAACGAUUUCGCCGCCUACUACGCCGUCCAGCUCCCCUUUGGCGGCGUGCGCGGUUCUGGUUAUGGCCGCUUCGCCGGGAAAGAGGGGCUCCGCGGCCUCUGCAACCCCAAAUCCGUCUGCCUCGACCGCUUCGGCUGGCUCGGCAUCCGCACCGGCAUUCCGCCCCCCGUUCGCUACCCCGUCGCCGACCAGGAGCGUACUUGGCGCUUCACCAGGGGUGUUGUCCAGCUUGGCUACGGCCCAACCCUUGUUCAGAAGGCCGCUGGUCUUCUCAGCAUGGCCAAGAAUAUGUAA